AUGGGUUUAGUAUUACGAAUCUUACCGACAACUUUGAUAUCUGUUUUUCAACAAAUAUGGUUAAAUGAUAAUGAAUUGAAUGUAUUAUCUUUGCACUUGACACUUGAACAACGUACACUACUUGGUGGAAUCAUGGUUAAUUGGAUUGUAGAGCAACAAAUCGAAAGAGCUUUAAAUUUUGCCAAUCAAGAAAAGUGGGAAGAUUUUGAAAAAGAAAUAUUAAAUGUACCUCAUACCAAUUGGAUACCAUCAGAACAUGUUCCAUGGUUAAUAUUAGAACUUGAAAUGAAUAUUACAAUUCGAGAAAUACAAGUUCAAGUAGCAGGUCAUAUGAUACAACCAAUGUUGAAUGAAAACAAUGCUUCAGUACGAAAUAUUGUCAUGCAAAUGAAUAUGGGUGAAGGCAAAAUCUUCAGUUAUUUUACCUAUGUUAGCACUUAG